UACACUGGCUUUCAGUUUCCCAUCUAUCAAGAAAAUUAGUGUCGAUCUCCACGAUACUACUUGGUAUUUCAUAUUCCUCCGAGCAACAAAAAAACUAGGAGGAUCAGUUAAGUUUUAUGGAAUAUUGAUAAAACAUUAGGAGGUAGACCUGUAGAAGAGUUUGAGCUGCAGACCUCAACAUGCCCAAACAAUAGAUAAAUCUAUUUUAAAAAAGCACAUAAGAUACAUAAUAUGGCAACUGCUUCUGCAUCUGGCAUGGGAGGAGUAGCAGGUGAGAGAGAGGAUGAGGCGUACUACUUGGAGCCAGCUACCAUUCCCGGAGAUCCGGAGUCAGACCAGGAGAUCAACUACGAGGAAGUGCACAUUGACGAUGACGAGGCACUCAUUCAGUACGAAGGAGACGAGGAUCUCAACAUGGCUGUUCAGAUUCUAAAAGAGGCCUCGACUGAUAAAGACCUUCAAAAAGGACGCCUUACUCCCCCUCCCAUUCCAGAGGCCACUCUCACUUAUAGACCAGAAGUAGUCGAUGAUUUCGUACGGAACUUCCUCGUGAAGAACAACAUGUGGCGAACACUGGACUCCUUUCAACACGAGUGGUACGAGUUAAAACACAAAGGAAAACUAUCCAGCUCCGAUAUGGGGACCGUACCAGAUGUUUAUAUUAAGAACAGUCAACUGGAUCACGAAAACCAGUACCUAAAACAGGAACUAGAACGCUUCAAAGAAGCUGCAGCAGGAGCCAAGGAUAACUUCAUAAAAAUGAGGAAAGAGCGCGACUUUCACCGAAUGCACCAUAGGCGAGUUGUACAAGAGAAGAACACUUUGAUUGACAAUCUAACGAAGCUCCGAAAACACUACGACUCCUAUGAGCCCGCAUUGCAACACCUAAAGAAAAAGUACGAAACGGCUAUGAGAGAGAAGAUGCUCAGCAAACUAGAACGAGACAGAGCUCUAGGCCAAGUCUCAGGACUUCAAGCCACUCUAAAGUCUGUUAACAACAUUAGGUCUGACAGCGCAAUGCACAUUCCCGAGGGAGGCAGGAUUACAGGCAAGCUUUCAAAGACUCCAGAUGCCUUGACCCGAGUUGAUAGUACUUUGGGAGGCACCCAGCAAAGACUCUACGAAAGUCGAAAAAGUGAACUGGCAUCUGCAAAGCCUAAUACAUUGGAUCCUAUGGACGUAGCGAAUAUUAAACUACCUCGAAAUGCUGACGAUACUCCAUGGCCAAAAGACAAAGGUUUCAACCCCGAUUUGGCAAAGGUCAUUGCUCCGAGUGCCCACUUGACCAGGGUUGGUGGCUUCAGAUUGACUCACACCUUCCAAGCGCACGAACUUCCUGUGAGCUCCAUGGCGCUGCAUCCAAAAGAAGAUCUUCUAGUCACAACGAGCGAUGAUCGCACGUGGAAAAUGUGGCAGAUCCCUACAGGAGACAUAGCCAUGACAGGAGAAGGUCACAGCGAGUGGCUGUCGGGGUGCGACUUCUCCUACGACGGUGAGAGACUGGCCACUUGCAGUGGGGACAGCACGGUGAAGAUCUGGUCAUUCGAGGAGGGCAGAUGUGUGCACACUUUCGCAGAACACCAGUUCGCUGUCUGGGCUGUCUCCUAUCACCACUCAGGACACUUCGUCGCCAGCUCGUCGGUUGACAACACUGUCAAAGUGUGGGAUCUCAACUCCCUACGGUGCCGACAGACACUGCGAGGCCACCGUGACUCGGUCAACUCAGUCCAGUUCCUCAGCUACUCCAACACCCUCUGCAGCUCCUCCGCAGACAAGACAGUCUCCCUGUGGGAUGCGAGAACUGCACUAUGUGCUCAGACAUUCUACGGACAUAUGCACUCUGUCAAUGAUGCUACUUUCAACAUUCGAGGCGAGACCAUAGCAUCCUGUGACUCCAAUGGCGUUGUCAAACUGUGGGAUGUCAGAACUGUCUCUCCGAUCAAGACUAUCGAAGUGGGCCCCUAUCCCUGCAACAAAGCUGCCUUCGACCCCGGCUGCUCCGUUCUGGCACUGACCAGCAGUGAUGGAGGCAUCAAGAUGAUCGACCUGGAAAGUGACAAAGUCUUGAGCUUAAGCGGACAUGAAGACACAGUUCAAUCCUGUGUGUUCUCUCGGGAAGGAGACUACUUGAUGUCAGGUUCAUCCGACUGCACUGUGCGAAUAUGGUCAUAGAUUUCAAACUUCGGAGAACAAUUGACUCUCACUUUUAAUGCAACUAAUUCUAUCAAUAGUCAAUAAAUUCUAAAAUACAUCAUUACACACAAA